AUUGUCCCGCCCAUUCCCUCCCAUCUGAUUACAUUUUACAAGAGCGUGUGCGAUGUAAUGGUGGUUGUCACUGACGAAUGUGAAUAAAAAAGCCGGUGGACACAGUGAAGAUAAGGAGACUAAACCAGGUCAAAAAACCUUGGGCGCUGUACGGGAAUAGCGGGAGAUAGUGGAGCGUGGCAGGAGGGUGCUCACUACUCUUUCAAACGCGACCGAUGCCGCAAACCACGCAGAAUAUGGCGGAGCAGCACACAGCCACGGACGGCAAGCACAAAGCGUCUCCGAAUGCCGGAGGAUCGCUGCAUGGUAACAGCCGACCCAACGCCGUGGGUGGAGGGGGGAAAGGAGGCCUCUCUGGCGGACUGGCACAGCCAGCGGGGUGGCAGUCCUUACUCUCGUUUACUAUUCUUUUUCUGGCCUGGUUGGCAGGCUUCAGUUCUAGACUUUUUGCAGUGAUCCGGUUCGAGAGCAUCAUCCACGAGUUCGAUCCAUGGUUCAACUACAGGUCAACACAUCACCUGACCACAAAUGGGUUUUACGAGUUCCUCAACUGGUUUGACGAGCGGUCAUGGUACCCCUUGGGGAGGAUCGUGGGGGGCACAUUAUAUCCAGGUUGAUGGUCACCGCAGGCCUUAUACACUACGUACUGAACCUGCUCCACUUGACGGUGCACAUCCGGGAUGUGUGCGUCUUCCUGGCCCCCGUGUUCAGUGGCCUGACAUCCAUCUCCACCUUUCUGCUGACGCGUGAACUGUGGAACCAGGGGGCGGGGCUUCUGGCUGCCUGCUUUAUAGCCAUUGUUCCCGGGUACAUCUCCCGCUCGGUGGCCGGCUCCUUCGACAACGAGGGCAUUGCCAUCUUUGCCCUCCAGUUCACCUACUACCUUUGGGUGAAGUCGAUCAAAACCGGCUCGGUGUUCUGGUCCAUUGGCUGCUGCCUCUCCUACUUCUACAUGGUGUCAGCAUGGGGAGGAUACGUCUUCAUCAUCAACCUGAUCCCGCUGCAUGUCUUUGUGCUGCUGCUCAUGCAGCGCUACAGCAGGAGGGUCUAUAUCGCUUAUAGCACAUUCUACAUUGUGGGCCUGGUGCUAUCUAUGCAGAUCCCCUUUGUGGGCUUCCAGCCAAUUCGAACCAGUGAGCACAUGGCUGCAGCAGGCGUGUUUGCACUGCUCCAGGCAUAUGCGUUGCUGCAGUACCUGAAGGACAGGCUCACCAAGCAGGAGUUCCAGACCCUGUUCUUCCUGGGGGUGUCGCUAGCUGCUGGGGUGGUGUUCCUCACCGUCAUCUAUCUCACCUACACCGGUUACAUCGCUCCGUGGAGUGGGAGAUUCUACUCUCUGUGGGACACCGGCUACGCUAAGAUCCAUAUCCCCAUCAUCGCGUCGGUGUCGGAGCACCAACCCACCACCUGGGUGUCAUUCUUCUUCGACCUCCACAUCCUGGUCUGCACCUUCCCAGCAGGCCUCUGGUUCUGCAUCAAGAAUGUCAACGACGAGCGCGUCUUCGUGGCUCUCUAUGCCAUCAGCGCGGUCUACUUUGCCGGGGUGAUGGUGCGCCUGAUGCUGACCUUGACGCCGGUGGUGUGCAUGCUAUCGGCCAUCGCCUUCUCCAGUGUGUUCGAACACUACCUGGGGGAUGACAUGAAGAGGGAGAACCCUCCCGUAGAGGACAGCAGUGACGAGGAUGACAAAAGGAGCUCAGGGAACCUCUAUGACAAGGCAGGAAAGGUGCGUAAGCACGUGUCUGAGCAGGAGAAGGCAGAGGAGGGCCUGGGCCCCAACAUCAAGAGUAUCGUGACCAUGCUGAUGUUGAUGCUGCUCAUGAUGUUCGCCGUCCACUGCACAUGGGUCACCAGCAACGCCUACUCCAGUCCUAGUGUGGUGCUGGCCUCCUACAACAACGAUGGGACGAGGAACAUCCUGGAUGACUUCAGGGAGGCCUACUAUUGGCUGAGGCAGAACACAGACGAGCACGCGAGGGUUAUGUCUUGGUGGGACUAUGGCUACCAGAUAGCAGGCAUGGCUAAUCGAACCACCCUAGUGGACAACAACACAUGGAAUAACAGUCAUAUAGCACUGGUGGGCAAAGCCAUGUCGUCCAAUGAGAGUGCCGCGUACGAGAUCAUGAGGAGUCUGGACGUGGACUACGUGCUGAUCAUCUUUGGGGGCGUGAUUGGUUACUCGGGCGACGACAUCAACAAGUUCCUGUGGAUGGUCAGGAUAGCGGAGGGAGAGCAUCCCAAGGACAUUCGGGAGAGUGACUACUUCACCCCUCAGGGAGAGUUCCGCGUGGACAAGGCCGGCUCGCCUGUCCUGCUCAACUGCCUUAUGUACAAGAUGUCCUACUACCGCUUCGGCGAGAUGCAGCUGGACUUCCGGACACCGCCUGGGUUCGACCGCACCCGCAACGCCGAGAUCGGCAACAAAGACAUCAAGUUCAAGCACCUUGAGGAGGCGUUCACCUCGGAGCACUGGCUGGUGCGCAUCUACAAGGUGAAGAAGCUGGAGAACAGGGAGCCGCUGGAGCACAAGCUCCGCAGCAUCGUGCCCAGGCAGAAGUACACCUCCAAAAAGACUGCUAAGAGGAAGCGAGGACACAUCAGGAAUAAGCUGGUCCUGAAGAAAGGCAAGAAACUAAACAAGAAACAAUGAAGACGGACACGACACAAAAAUACAAAAAAAAUUAACUAGCUAAGAAAACUACCAAUGAAAAAGAAUGCCCAUUGUAUGGAAUGCGAGCACUUAGCCUCGAGGGCUAGUCCUCUGAGCGCAGCACCCCCUGUGGUGGGGAGGGUGAAGUGUCAUGUCUGGCUAGCCCCAGAACCUUUGUCCGUUUUAUCCAGAGGAUCUUUUGUCAUGCUCUUUACUUCUUCUUUGUACUUGAAUGUGCGGCAAGGCACUGAGCUGCUGAAACCGGGGUGAGCGUACAUUUUGUGGUACAUUUAACUGUUAUUCUAGAGGGGGACAAAACAAAGAAAGGAAACUGAGGAGGCUGGGAGCAAUUGCACCAAAGAGCCCUUGAUUUAGCUCCUUGGCACAUGUAAACGUGUUUCUUUUGUGAGGGUGAGGAAGCAUUGGAAUUGAGGACAUGUUCCUGACAUGCGUACGGAGGAAUUCCACUGUCUAGGCCCAGCUGAUUUACUUCUGAUGGUUACUUUUAAUCAUUAUUUUGUUUUGGCCCUAAUUUGUCGUUACCGAGACAAUUCUUUAGGAAAUAAAAGGCCUAAUAUGUAAAUAUGUUAUGUAAAGAAAAUGUCUGAUAGGGUUGUAAUAUAUUGGAUUCUUGUGGUGAUUUUUUUAAAUACGCAGAUUUCUUCUCUUUACUUUGUUGUGAUGUUUUUUUUAUGGCAGCAGCUAGAACAGUGAAUGCAAUAAUUCUCGUUAGGAGGGACUUGAGAUUUUGUUUAAAAUGAAUGUGAAUUUAAGACCCCCCCCCCCCCCUGAAAAAUUGCUUAGAUUGUAUAUUAUGCUGCUAGGUUUAAGAAUGUAAGCAAUUCUAUAUAAAGAAAGUUGUGAUUUAAUAAAGAGGCCUCCACCCCGCGAGCCUAUUGCCUCGUUGCUGGUCUCUUCAUCACCACGUUAGUAUGUCCAUCUGUCUUCUCAUAGUAAUUUUUGCCUGUCCACAUACACAUGUUUAUGCAGCCAAGAGUAGGGUAAUGCAGGGAAGUGCUGAAGAUGGCUGCCAGUGAGUGGACAAAGCAGUGGUGCCCUCUGUUAACACUACUGGGCCUGUUGUUGAAAACCUGUGUUGAACACUGAAGGAUCGUAUGUGUGGAUGUUUGGGGGAUGCAUCAGACGGUCUACACGUAAACUUUCUAGGAAUACAGAGUUUUUAUUUAAUUGACAUCUUCAAUCACUCAACAGUUUACCUCUUGAUUGAUACUUAUUUUGCUUUUCCUUUAAACACAGAAGUGAUGUCAUUUCACCUUUUUGGAUAUUAAAAAUGGCGUUCGUGUCUCUUAGGCUUCUCUGAGAAAGACUGCAUUGUGUCACUGCUUUCACUUAAUGGCCCUCCAUACGUCAUAUCGACCUUGCUCAAACACACACUCGAGAAACUCUUAUGUUAAACUGCUUAUAUCAGAGAUUUUCAAUGUGUGUGAGGAGACGAGGGGAUUGGAUUGAGCCUUAAUGUGAUAUAGAAAGUGUACAGGUUGUUUGCCCUCUUGUUACCUUGUUUAUUAUGUCUGGUUUUAUUGGGGAUGGUGGACUAGUUCCUUCUCUUCUGGGUUCUCAACGCCUUCUCUUCCUCGCUCUGCCACACCACUACAUAGAUUUUUUAUUUUAUUUUAAAUCUAACAACCCUGGUCCCCCUCACCUUCCAAGUUAACAUGUUUAAAUGUAGAGUAAAUAAAAGAUUCAACUUUGUAAGAA